AUGGUUUGCAAGCUGGUGAUUGGGACGUGUGUGGCCGCACUGAUGGCUAACACUCUUAGCAAGCUGCCUAGCAUGGCUCGAAGCCAGGUGGUUGGCACAUGUGUUGCCAUUCUGAUGGCUAAUACCCUUAGCAUGCUUGUUAGCAUGCUGCCGGCUAGCACGGUUGGCAGUCUGGUGGUUGAUACGCAUGUGACCGGAGUUAUUUCCAUGCUGUUGUUUAGAAGCGAGACUCGAGUUGUUUCUCUGAUGAAGAUUGUGUUGUGCUUGAUGUCCUUGAUGUCCUGGAGAGGGUGGCAGUAUAUUGAGGCAUCUAUGAUGACAUCAACUAGAAUGGUUCCUCCUCUGCCUGUGACCUUUCUGCUUCUGAUUGUGAGUAAAUCAACAUAUUCUACUGUAACAUCGUUACAGCAGCUCACUAGAAAAACCUCAUUGUCCAUCAGCCCUUCUGGUGAAAUUGUAGAGGGCAGUUCAGUAAAUCUAACCUGCAGCUGUGAUGCCAGCUCACCUGUGGAGAAAUACAUUUGGUAUAAGACAGUUGGACAUUAUGAGGGACUCAAAAUGAAAUCCAUUGGAAAUGGAACAUCACAAACAUAUGAAAUCAGGGACAUCAACACUGGUCACAGUGGAGGGUACAGAUGUUUACCUUAUCCAGGAGGUCCAGAGUCUGACAUGGUGCUACUAAAUGUUUUCUAUGCACCACGGAUUGUCUCAGUGUCCAUCAGUCCCUCUGGUGAAAUAGUGGAGGGCAGUUCAGUGACUCUGACCUGCAGCAGUGAUGGAAACCCACCUGUGGAGAUCUACACCUGGUUUAAGAAGACAGAAGUAGCAUCAGGAAAAGGAGGAAAGUACAGCAUCACCAAGAUCAGUUCUGAAGACAGAGGGGAAUAUACAUGUAAAGCCACUAACAAAUAUGGGACCAGCCACUCUCCAGCAGUCUACCUGAAUGUGCUGUAUCCUCCAAAGAGGGUCUCAGUGUCCAUCAGUCCCUCUGGUGAAAUAGUGGAGGGCAGUUCAGUGACUCUGACCUGCAGCAGUGAUGGAAACCCACCUGAGAAGAACUACACCUGGUUUAAAGAAGGUGGAACCUCACCUGUAGCAUUUGGACAGAGUUACAGCAUCAUCAACAUCAGCAGAGAUGGAAAAGGAGGAUUUUACUGUGAAGUUCAGAACUCAAUUGGGUCUCAGAAGUCUCCUGUAGUUUCAGUUUUGGAGUCAGGACAUCCUAUCAAUGUGAAAUACGCUGUUAUUGGGUUGACAGCUUGUGGAGGGUUUCUUCUCUUUGUCCUGUUAUGGAUACGAUGCAAGCAAAACGAUGGCCAUUACAAGGACAUAAACAGCCAUAAUCCAUCUACAGCCACUGCAGUUGAUGCAUCACUUGAUCCAGUAAAUCAAGACAACAUCCUGUACACCAGUGUCUCAUCUCGAGCACCUUUAAGUGCCCAGGCGUCCGUCUCCUGCACUGGUGAUCGUGUGGAAUAUACCAGCGUCAAGUUGUGUCAUAACACUGAUGGCACCAAAAUAUCAGGCGAUGACAUCAUUUAUGCCAGUGUUCAGUUCCAUCAGUCUGAUCUCUGCUCCCAGUUGGAAGAGGAAACAGCAGAGGAUUUAUCAGUAAUCUACAGCAGUGUGAAACAGCACAAGUACAUCACUUAAUCAGCAUCAUAAGUGACCUGCUACCUUUGCACUGAUGACAUGUUUCAUGCUCGCAGCCUUUUGAAGGUGUUUUUUUUCUUUGUGUAGUGCUUGAUGCAGCGCCAGAACCGCUUUAUAUAAUUUCAUAAUUUCCGGCAUAGAGUUUCAUUAAAAUACAAGACAUAAAUUUGUCAGCCAAAGCUUUGAAAUGUCAUAAAUAUUAAUAUACGUGCAUGCAUUUACUUUCGCAGACAUUUUACU